CCGCAUUGUGCAAAUCUUCAUCAGCCCCGCCAUUUACCAUUUAUUCACAAAUCCAUUCAUCUAGAUAUCCUCUCAAAAAUGCAGUCUACUCUUGCACUGAUGAUUUUCUUUCUUGUCCGUUCUGCGGUGGGAACUCCCGUCAUACCCGUUCCCGGUGGUGCACUAGCCGAAGACGAAUAUAUGUCAUUCACGUCGAUACCGGUGCCGCAUAUUCCUACAGAUAUACCGAAUGUCGGUUCGUGUAGUCCCCCUCCGUGUAAACCAUGGCCAUUUGGAUAUGAGGAGGCGUAGUGGUGUGGCGAUGCAAAGGAGGGCGGAAGGCUUCAAGGAUUUACGCAGAGCGUAGUGCGCGCAAGGAGG